AUGGUUCUGCUGUACAAAGACGUGGCCAAGACGGCCGAGAACGUCCUGCGGGACGACUACGACUUCUCCCGCAAGCUCAAGAUCAAGACCAAGGCGUCCAACGGCGUGUCGUUCACGACCGAGGGCGACAUGACGAGCAACAAGGCGAUCGUCGCCAAGCUGUCGGGCGCCUUUACGCACGAGCAAAGUGGCGUCGUGUUCAAGAAGCUGCAGGUGACGACGCACGGCCAGCUGAUCAGCGAGGCGGAGCUCCCCAAUGUCUUCACCAAGGGCCUCAAGCUCACGGCCAAGGUCGAGGACGGCUCGCUCGGCAAGCACUUGCACGCCAAACGUGUCGGCGUCUUUGGCUGGGAGUACCAGCAGCUGAACUACUCGGUGAACGGCGCGAUCGACGUUGGGGCUAAUACCGUCAGCAAAGCUGCUGUCUACGGCUUUGACAACGUCCUUGUGGGUGUCCAGGCCGCCUUCAAUUACAACAAGUCGGCCGUCGUGGACCAUAAUGUCGCUCUGAGCUACCGUGGCACGGACUUUACGGCCACGCUACAGACCAAGAAGAAGUUUAACGCGCUCUCGGGCUCGUUCCACCACCACCUCUCCUAUGAUACCGUCUACUCGGCGCUGUUCAACUACGACCUCGUGUCGGGCCACAACACUCUCAGUGUCGGCGGUCGCUACAAUGCCGACAGGGUCACCACAUACGCUGGUAAGGUCGAGUCGAAUGGUCACGUGUCGUUGGCUCUGAUCCAGAAGAUCCGCCCCUACGUGGCGCUGACCACGAGUGCGCACGUGGACGUGAAGAACUUUGAUGGCGAUGCCCACAAGUUCGGCAUUGGCCUUACUCUGGGCUAA